CCGACAGCCAGGACCGCUGCUCCCCGCCCCUCCUCCAGCUCUCCUCUCCAAUCAUCCGCUGCUGGAACCAACCAUCACUCCAUCUCCAACCCGAACCCAUCAUGGAAGCCAGCAGGAAGACUCCCUCCUUCUCUGACGCUCUACGUCACCUGCUUGUCCUGAUGCUAGCUCUCCUCCCCGCCGUUGGGUCGAUGCCGGUCCCAACGGACGUCCCCAUGUGCACGGCGUCAGAAACAGCCCACUACAGCCUCACCUUCACAGGGAAAUGGACCCAGGCAGCUUUUCCUAAGCAGUAUCCUGUCUACCGCCCGCCUGCACAGUGGUCCAACCUGAUCGGGGUGACCCACAGCUCCGACUACCACAUGUGGCAAAGUAAUGAGUUUGCCAGCAACGGAGUGAGGGAGUUUGCAGAAAAAGGCGAGGCCUGGACGAUCAUGAAGGAAGUGGAGACGGCCGGCGAGCGGAUCCAGAGCGUUUAUGGGAUCCUCUCCGCUCCUGCUGUCGUGGGAGGCUCGGGCCAGAUGGACGCCGAGUUUGAGGUGUUUGCCAGGCACUCCUAUCUGUCGUUCAUGGUGCGGCUGGUUCCGAGCCCGGACUGGUUCGUGGGCGUGGACGGCGUGGAUCUGUGUGACGGCGACCGCUGGAAGGACAAAGUGACGCUGGAGCUGUUUCCGUACGACGCGGGAACGGACAGCGGAUUCACCUUCUCCUCCCCAAACUUUGAGACGAUCCCGCAGGACAGAAUCACGCAGAUCACCUCGUCCUUCCCGAGCCACCCGGCCAACUCCUUCUUCUAUCCCCGCCUGAAGCAUUUACCGCCGAUCGCCAAGGUCACGCUGACAAAAAUCAAGAAAACGAAUCAAAUCAUCAGCCUGCCGCUGGAGCCCACGCAGUCCAACCUGCUGCCAACGGGGAACGAGAUCGAAGACAAGCUGAUCAAUACCCCUCUGGACUGCGAAGUGUCCCCCUGGUCGCCCUGGGGUUUGUGCAAAGGGAAGUGUGGCGACUCAGGUGUGCAGCACCGCACCCGCUACGUCAUCAUGCACCCGGCCAACAACGGAGCGGCCUGCCCCCUGCUGGACGAGGAGAGGAAGUGCUUCCCGGACAACUGCUUAUGACUAGGCAAGGACAGGAGGGAGAGGAAGGAGAGGAGGAGGAGGAAGGAGAAGAAAACCAGGAAAGGAAGGACCGGGCGCAGACGCUCCAAGAACCACAAACGGUCCGCGGUUUAAUCCCAGUCUGUUCGUGGAUCAACCGGGUCGGAUCCGUGUCAGGUUAAAGAUCGGUUUCAGCUCCAAACGGGUGUAGUUCUGGCAAACAAGCCAGUAGACACCGCUUCAGUUUUCAUGAUCAAACCGGCCGACAGGAAGACAAAAAUUUAAACCCUGUUAAAUAAGAUUUGACCCAAAAUGAACCCAGACAGAGCUGCCAUGUUUUACAGACAUUCUGUGUUUCUGUUGUUUAUAUUUAUUGACAGGAUUUUAACCUGUUCUGUACAGCAUAACGAAUCUGAACGUUAGAAACUGUAUUCCUCUACGUUACUGAGACAAAUCUAAAACAGUUUUAUAUGACACAGUAAAAAAUUGUAACAGAUGCAGCUACUAAAGUUAAUAAAGUGGGAAAGUAAAAAAUGAAA